GGGGCGUGUCCGAGUUGGUCCGUCCGAGGUACUCUGCUGCUCAGCUCGGUAGACGGAAAAAGAUAAACACGAAUUCGAAACGCAGUCGAACACGGAAUCGUCGAAUUGUUAUCUGCGCGCUCGGGGCUUCUUUAUCUCGAGGCCCGUCGCGCUCUGCUCUCGUCGCCGAAGGUGUCUUGAAAAUCCGCUAUUACGGCCGGGCCGAGCAGGAAAAUGGCCAUGGGGGACGAUUCUCCCGUGGUGUCCCUCAUUCUGCCAGUGCUAAUCAGGCCAAUUCUGGCCCAGCUGGAGAAGAGGGACCUGGUGGCCUCACAGACCCUCCGAGCGGCCAUCAGCAAGACAGAAGCGUCCCAUCCGGGCUUCACCUACAACCUUGUCAAGGGAAUCAUGCGACGGGGCGACUUCAGCGUCAACAUGAACGAAAGCAUCCUCAGGUUGCAAGGGACCAGCACUGAAACUGAUGUCGAGUACAGAUUGAGCCGAUCAGAGGACUCGUUUCAGGAGCUGAACAAAAAGUCAGCCUCGCUGAAAAAGAUCCUCAGCAGAAUCCCUGACGAAAUCACCGAUAGGAAGACUUUUUUGGAGACUAUCAAGGAAAUUGCUAGUGCCAUUAAGAAAUUGUUAGAUGCCGUCAACGAAGUUGCGUCGUACCUUCCUGGCCCCGCCGCCAAGCAGGCGUUGGAGCAGAGAAAGAGAGAAUUCGUCAAGUUCUCCAAACGCUUUAGCAAUACUUUGAAGGAAUACUUUAAGGAGGGAGAUGCAAAUUCUGUGUUUGUAAGUGCGCUUUACCUGAUCCACCAGACCAACAUGAUCAUGUCGACGGUCAAGGACAAGUGCGAAUGAGCUCAGCAAUGCAAGUCGAAGCAAUAUAACUCUUACUUAGAAACAAACACACGCGAAUCGUUUGCCACCUCCUGCGCAGCCCACGCGGCUGUUAUUUAAUUUAUGAAAACAUAAUCAAACAAACACUCCUUUCCCUCUAACUCUCAAUUCAGUAUUUUAGAUGGUAAAAAAUUGUAACCGAAUUGAGUAAUUUAUUAUAUUCUUCCCUUGAAAUUUGUCUAUUUUAUGGAGAAAAAACCCCCACCAAAUUAGACAACCACGUCUUUCAUCCUUACUUGUUAGCUAGUACCUGUUGAUCGAUAUAAUUAAUUGGCCUUCCUGUUGUUUACUUGAUUGUUACUGCCCCCGAUUCAACACUGUAGACAGAUCGAUUUUGGAGAAAGUGCAGAGUUUAGAAGGCCAUUUUUUUGUGAAAAGUAUAAAUAAUAUAUAUUAUUAUAUAUAUUCCUUGCAGAGAUAAACACCGUCUACCAAAAAAUAAUAACUACAUACAAAAGAAAGAUAACAUAUUUGUACAUAUAAUAAUGGAUGUCACUGCUCGAAAUUAAUUAUUUUUUAAGCACACGAGUGAUAUGGUUGUUGUAUUUUAUUGUUGAAACUGGGUCUAAAUUGUAUAAGAGAAAAAGAAGAAACAUUCCUUACUGCGGUAAUAUAAUAUGUGAAUAAUUGAAAGAGGUGUUGGUUUUUGACUUAAUAAAAUUUAAAUUUCA